UAGACCCGGAAGCGGUAGGAAGAGCCAAUCGGUGAGCUCUGCGGGGACGUACCGGGCUCCAGGCUGUUUAUACUUCUUUGUGCCGGUGCCGAUCUGUGACUUUCACUAUGGGAGAGUCCGACCGCUUCUACUAUGUGUAUAGCUGUGACCUGGAUAUCAGCGUCCGCCUCAAAAUAGGGAGUCUGGAAGGGAAGAGGGAGCAGAAGAGUUACAAGGCUGUGCUGGAAGACCCAAUGCUCAAGUUCUCGGGUCUCUAUCAGGAAACCUGUUCCGAUCUCUAUGUGACCUGCCAGGUGUUUGCAGAAGGAAAACCUCUCGCUCUCCCUGUGAGAACCUCCUACAAGGCCUUCAGCACCCGAUGGAAUUGGAAUGAGUGGCUGAAGCUCCCCGUGAAGUAUGCGGACUUGCCCAGAAGCGCCCAAGUGGCUCUGACCAUCUGGGAUGUGUAUGGGCCCGGGAAAGCCAUUCCAGUUGGUGGAACCACUGUGUCUUUAUUUGGAAAAUAUGGAAUGUUCCGCCAAGGAAUGCACGACCUUAAGGUGUGGCCCAAUAUCGAAGCGGAUGGGUCCGAGCCGACUAAAACUCCCGGUAGAACGAGCAGCUCUGCCUCUGAAGACCAAAUGAGCAGAUUGGCUAAGCUUACCAAGGCUCACCGGCAAGGUCACAUGGUUAAAGUUGAUUGGCUGGACAGAUUAACCUUUCGAGAGAUUGAAAUGAUCAAUGAGAGUGAGAAGCGCAGUUCUAACUUUAUGUACCUGAUGGUGGAGUUUCCCUGUGUGAAAAGCGAUGAGAAGGAGUACGGCAUCGUUUACUAUGAGAAGGACGGUGACGAAUCAACUCCAAUCUCCUCAAGCUCAGAGAUUGUUAGAGUUCCGGACCCUCAGAUGUCAAUGGAAAAUUUAGUGGAGAGUAAACAUCACAAGCUUGCCAGGAGCCUCCGGAGUGGCCCGUCUGAUCACGAUCUAAAGCCGAAUGCGGCAACGCGGGACCAGCUGAACAUCAUUGUUAGUUACCCCCCCACCAAGCAGCUGACGUCGGAGGAACAGGACCUGGUGUGGAAGUUCCGUCACUACCUGACGAAUCAGGAGAAGGCUCUGACGAAAUUCCUUAAGUGCGUCAACUGGGACCUGCCGCAAGAAGCCAAGCAAGCCCUGGAGCUGCUGGGGAAGUGGAAGCCCAUGGACGUAGAAGAUUCCCUGGAACUCCUGUCUUCCCAUUUUACCAAUCCGACGGUGCGGCGCUACGCCGUGGCAAGGCUUCAGCAGGCCGACGAUGAGGACCUGCUGAUGUACCUGUUGCAGUUGGUACAAGCUCUGAAGUAUGAAAAUUUUGAAGACAUAAAGAGUGGCUUAGAGCCAACCAAGAAGGACAGUCAAGGACCCAUGUUGGAGAGCAUGACCACCUCUGGAAUAAACCCAGAAUCAGACAGCUCGCAGGUCAUAUCCAACCCUCUCCCAUCAGCAGUAUCUUCUCCUGCACCAUCUUCUAAGACCAAGGAUGGUUUAGAUGCUGAGAAUCUAGAACAAGACCUCUGCACUUUCCUGAUAUCGAGAGCCUGCAAGAACUCCACGCUGGCCAACUAUUUAUACUGGUACGUCAUAGUGGAAUGUGAAGAUCAGGACACCCAGCUGAGAGACCCCAAGACCCACGAGAUGUACCUGAAUGUGAUGAGACGGUUUAGUCAGGCCUUGCUGAAGGGCGAUAAGUCGGUCCGGGUGAUGCGCUCGCUCCUCGCCACGCAGCAGACGUUUGUAGACAGACUGGUUCAUCUGAUGAAGGCAGUGCAGCGUGAAAGUGGAAAUCGGAAGAAGAAGAAUGAGAGGCUCCAGGCGUUACUGGGAGAUAAUGAGAAGAUGAAUCUGUCCGAGUUUGAGCCAAUCCCUCUGCCUCUGGAGCCGCAGGUGAAGAUCCGGGGUAUCAUUCCGGAAAAAGCCACGCUGUUUAAGAGCGCGCUAAUGCCAGCCAAGCUGUACUUCAAGACUGAAGAUGGGGGCAGGUACCCCGUUAUAUUCAAAAAUGGAGACGAUCUACGACAAGAUCAGCUGAUUCUUCAGAUUAUUUCCCUGAUGGAUAAGCUGCUGCGCAAGGAGAAUCUGGAUCUGAAACUGACACCAUACAAGGUUCUUGCAACGAGCACGAAGCACGGUUUCAUGCAGUUCAUUCAGUCUGUGCCGGUAGCCGAGGUACUAGCCACGGAAGGCAGCAUCCAGAACUUUUUUAGGAAAUAUGCCCCGAGUGAGAAAGGACCAUAUGGAAUAAGCGCUGAGGUUAUGGACACGUAUGUGAAAAGUUGUGCUGGUUACUGUGUCAUUACGUAUAUCCUCGGAGUUGGAGACCGACAUCUGGACAACCUCUUGCUAACCAAAACAGGAAAACUGUUCCACAUUGAUUUUGGAUACAUUCUGGGAAGAGACCCUAAGCCCCUACCGCCGCCGAUGAAACUGAACAAAGAAAUGGUGGAAGGAAUGGGAGGGACACAGAGUGAGCAGUACCAGGCGUUUCGCAAACAGUGUUACACCGCAUUCUUGCACCUCCGCAGGUAUUCCAAUUUGAUCCUUAACUUGUUCUCGCUCAUGGUUGACGCCAACAUCCCGGACAUUGCGUUAGAGCCAGAUAAAACCGUUAAAAAGGUGCAGGACAAAUUUAGACUGGAUCUCUCAGACGAGGAGGCCGUACAUUACAUGCAGACUCUCAUUGACGACAGCGUCAACGCUCUCUUUGCAGCUGUGGUGGAACAGAUACACAAAUUUGCCCAGUACUGGAGAAGAUAGAGGCUGCUGCUUUUGCUAUGAAAAAGAGGACAUCCUACAAGAAGAAGCUGGAAUCACUCCCAUACCCUGGCUGUUAAUAUAAUAUUCAGGAUAAAAUGGCAGGGCACCGCCAUUUUGACUUCUUUAUCAUGUGGCCGUUGAAACAGAUUAAUGGGCGGCGGCUUUGCAUUUGUAAAUAUGUCUAUAUCUGAGAACAGUUAAUGUUUCGGUGUAUAGUUUAAUAUGCAAUACAUAUUUGUCAGCUCCACGGCUCUCACCAUCCUAUCGUAAAUAUGGCAUCAUGGGUAAUUUUGUAAAUAUUUCAAAAAUGGUGCCAGUUUUUUUUAACCGCAGUAUCUAAAAUAUGUUUCAAUUGUGACCUGAAUUGUAUUAUUUUGCCCGUCUAGGUAAGUACCAUUUGGCCGAGGGAUAUUUGGAGUCCAGGUUUUCUUUUUUCUUUUCCAGAUUUGGAGAAAUUUGAUAAAUUUAUGGGUAAAUUUAGUAAAUACAAAGUACGGAAUCCA